AUGUCAGAACUCCACAACUGUAACAAGUGUGAAGAGACACAGGUGACCAUGCAGAGACACAUGCAGAGUCUGAGGCACAGCAAGGAGGAGCUGAACAGUCUUAACCAGGCCAUCCAGCAGCUGACUGUGGAGCCCUGCAAACUAGAAGGAACCAAGUACUCGCCAGCUCUGCAGGAGGAGGGUGCCUCAGGCAGUGCCAAGGGCAAGCUGGCUUCGCUGGAGGCCGCCUUGCAGCAGGCCAAGCAGGACAUGGUGCGACAGCUGCGGGAGUACCAGGAGCUCAUGAUCGUCAAGCUGGGCCUGGACUUUGAGAUCGCCACCUACCGCAAGCUGCUGGAGGAUGAGCAGAGCAGGCUCGGCCUAAGACUGGGAGCAGGGAGCCUCACCCAGGGCAGCGAUCCCACCGGCCGGCUGCUGCCACCACCGGCGGGUUCCGACACCCUGGAUACGAGCGCCCCUGGCGACGGCUGCGCGCUCUGCAGCUCCUCCGGCUGUGUAGGGGAUUUCAGCAGCAGAGGCUUCCGUGGAUGUUGAACACUUCCUGCCCCGAACAGGAGUCAAAAAACCCCAGCUUUUGUCCCAACUGAGACUUGGUCUCAGUUGCCCCUCCCAUGGAUCUGGCCCUCAUCUCACCUCUCCCUCCUGCCCUUCACCUUAGAGCAUAAAGUCUCUGAAUGUUGUUUUGCUCCUCUGAACUACCUCCACCCCUCUUUUCCUGGGACCCCUCUUUCGCAAUAAAAAUG